AUGGCGGAAAUUGUAUUCGACGCGACGACUGUGACACCCGUUCAGCCGCACUCUUGUGGGGAGUGUCGCUCUCGGAAAUCUAAGUGCAAUCGUCGGACACCAUGCGGAAACUGUCAGCGGAAGGGCUUGCACUGUGUAUAUGGCUAUACGCGGAAACCAAAGACGCAGAAGGGCCGCAAAGCAGGUCGCCAUGACGUUGGUCGAACGAUUACGAGUUCCUCAAGGGCGGAUCCGAUGGAUAACUCCGUGAUAUGGGAUAGCCUGGUAGACGGCCUUGUCACCCAGGAUGCCACCGAUCCAUUCACGAUUGAGACUUGCUCUCCAGGUUUCAAUUUUGAUGCAGUCCUCACACCUCCAUCUGCCCCCGGUUGGGAAUUUGGGGGUCCAGAAGUGGCAUUGAAGGAGACAGAUAUUCAUCCGCUGGAGCUCCCAUUCUCGGAAGCAGAGAUUAAUCGCACAAUCUCUCGGUAUCUUUACCAGAUCCAUCCGUCCAUGCCCUUUUUUUCAGCGUCGUUUCUUCUUGAUGGCUUGAAGCUCUACCGACACCAACAUGAUCCGGCCUUCGCAGCUAUGGUUAUCGCCAUCUGUGCAUUCACACACGCCCAUUCGCAAGACGCCGACAUGGGGCCUUCAGCAACGGGCUCUAUUGCCUUGUCGCUGCGGUUACAUCAAGACACUGACUUGGGUGAAUCACCCACAGUAGAGGACCUGCUGACGAGUAUGUUCAUAUCCGGUGUACUUUGGCGGACCGGGAAGGAAGCGGCUGCUUGGCUACGUUUACAGGAAGCUAUCAACCUUGCCAGACUGCUUCAUCUUCCCGACCUGGAGCAUGACAAUACGCUCGAUGUCAAGACCUGGGAUAAUAGAGCAAGAAUCUAUCUCGGUCUGGGUGUCAUUGACAGGUCUGACUAUAACUCCCUUGUUCUCCCUUGGACACUGAGCUAA